CCACUGUGCGCCUAGCAUUAUUCAAAAACAAUGAAAAUAAAGUAUCUGAUACAAAAUCACCAAAGAAAGCACAGCCACAAAGAGAUGGCUACUUUGAAGGUAAGGAAGAAGAAUUUAUGUGUAAGGAUACCACUGCAAAUGAAAAAUUGGAAAGGAAUAAAGAAUAUACAUACCAAUGGCUUCAUACACAGGUUGGGGUUCAUGAAACUAGUUCCAGAAACAUGAAAUGCAAUCACUUCUUGCCUGAGUUAGAUCCAGAUGUACUUAAUGGUGGAAGAGUUCAGCUUGUGGCAAGGCUUGUAAGCAGAGAAGACACGGAUUUAGACCUUUUUUCCAUGACCAGUGGAAGUGCUUUGUCUGUGAAGAGAGAAAAAAAAAAUCAGGCACACAGACACUCAGCAGGAUCUUCAAGUUGUUCAGUUAAGGGAAUACUUGCAUCAAUGAUAACAAAUACAAGACCUUCUAAGAAAGAACGUAUAUCAUUCCGUGACAAUCCUGUACAACUCAGUGGUGGAUGGGGAAGUGGCAAAAAGAAGGUGAAAACUUCAAACUAAUCCUUCAAGCUUCAGCAUUCAAAGCAUAUGGCACACGGUUUCUUUUCAAGAGGUCUGUGGAUAACUGGUCAUAUUACCAAUCGGAUACAAGGUUUUAAGUGUAUUUAAUUUGUAUUAUUAUACAUAUUUCACGAUUCUGUUUUCUGAUGGAUUUCUCUUAUAUUCCAUCUGUAAAAUACAGUUUUGCUGUUGUUCCUGUGUUCAUAUGGAAUGGCUUCCAGAAAUUAAUUCUUGAAAUAUUGUAAUGGAAUUUGCAUAUCCAAUUUCUUUUUUUAUUUAAAAUGUUUAUUACACAUGUACUAGAGAUGGUUUUUGUAAGCAAUAAUAAAUUGUAAUACCAUAAAUAUUAUCAUAAGAGAAUAUAACUGUAUUUUA